AUCCCUGCAAAUUUACCACUGGAAUUUUGACGACUGGAUUGAAGGUAUCAACGAAGAUGGCAACAAAUCUAACAAAAGCCCCACUUCUUCGUAAAGCCGCGACAAGGGGAUACUCAAAACUUGCCCCAGUUAGCGGAAUUCCCAACUAUGAAGUCAAAACAUCCACCCUUCCCAAUAAAACUGUAGUUGUUGCUGCCGAUAAUGAUUCCCAAAUUGCCAGGGUUUCUAUAAUUUUAAGAGCUGGGUCAAGAAACGAAACCGCCGAAAAUUUGGGUAUUACCCAUUUAUUGAGAAAUUGUGCAGGACUAUCCACCAAAAAUGCCAGCCAAUUUAUCAUUACUCGCAACAUUCAACAAGUUGGCGCCAGUUUGACCGCAACCUCGGACCGCGAAACCAUUUCCUACACCCUUGAAGGUACCAGAUCGGCUGUCGAAAAAGUUAUACCAUACUUUACUGAAGUUGCCACACAACAAGUUUUCAAGCCAUGGGAAGUCGCCGAGAAUACCGGACGUUUGCACCUCGACAUUGCCACCCGCCCAUUGCAGGUUAGAGCAAUUGAUUUGUUGCACAAAGCCGCUUUCCGUACCGGUCUUGGUAACUCGAUGUUCAUUCCGAAAUUCCACAUUGGCAAAAUUUCUUCGGAAUCUUUGCAACACUACGUGUGCGAGAACUUCACCAGCGGCCGCGCCGCUGUCGUUGGUUUGGGAAUGGACGAAGCCGAAGUAACCAAGAUCGCUCAAUCUUUGCACUUGGGAUCUGGGGAAGGUCAAACAAGACCAUCUCCUUACAAAGGCGGUGAAGUAAGAUCCGAUAAGGGAGGAGAUUUGGCCUUUGUCGCCAUCGCCGGCGAGGGUGCGUCUCUUGCCAACGCCAAGGAAGCGCUCGCUUUCGCCGUCCUUCAGAGGGCCAUCGGAACCGGUCCUCAAGUGAAAUGGAGCGCGAGAGAUAACGGUCUGCUCUCGAAGGUAGUCGGCAACGCCGAAUUCGCCAGCAGCGCCAUCAACGCGAACUACUCUGACACCGGAUUGUUCGGCGUGUUGGUCGCCGUUCCCGCCAAGAACGCCUCCAGCGUCGUGCAGAGCACCUACAAGUUCAUGAAGUGCAUCAACGUGUCCGAGGAAGACGUCUCCAGAGGCAAGAAUCAAUUGAAGACCGCUCUUCUCUUGGAAGGAGAAAAUGGUGCCAACGCUAUCGAAAAUCUUGCAACCCAAGCCGUACUCACCGGAACAGCCCACUCUGCUACCAGCCUGGCUGCUCUAGUGGAUUCCAUCUCUGCUUCAGAUGUUCAACAAGCAGCCAACAAAGUACGAUCAGGAAAAUUGUCAGUUGCUUCUGUAGGAAAUCUAACUGGAGUACCAUACAUGGACGAGCUUUAAAUAAAAUUUAAACCUGUAUUUAUUAGAUUUAAUUCACAUUAUCUGUGAGCUGAAGCUAUAUUUAAUUUUAUUUGUAUAUUAAUGUAAAAACACAUCCAUUAAUAAAAGUGUUUCACUUUG